GUUAAAAACGCUGAUCUACGCACGUGUUCCGCGGUAAGAUGGUGGCCACCAGGAGCGGGGUGUGCUCGGGCUCUGCGGCGCAAAGGAGUGACAACGUGCUGGUGACGGAGGCAACUCCAACCACCAGGGUAACAAGACGAAGAACACUAAUAACAAGGGAUGCGUCUCAGCAAAAGAAUUCAGAAGAGCAGAGCAAAGCCCUGUCUGAACCAGCAAGCCUACCCAGACGAGAGUCCAAACGCUCCAAAUGUGGUCUGACGGACUCCACACAUGAAGCAGAUGUGUCUGAUUCUGAGUCUUGCUGUUCUGUGGGAUCAGGCAUCCUGGCUAUCGUUGGCACCAAACUGACUCCUAGGACCAGUAGGAGAGCGGCGGCCCAUGAGAGAACUGUGGCCUCGGCGAAACAGGAGGAAUCUGAAAAGGAUUCCUGUUCUUCAGCUCUUGUUGGCAAGACGAGCCGGGCCAAGAGAAGCCAGAAGAAACUUACAGAGUCUACCACCUCCCAGGACAACUGUCCGUCCGAGGCAGAGUCAUGCAGCUCUGUGGCAUCUCUAUCCAAAGUUAUGGAAACUCAGAUGAUCACCAGGAGCCGCAGGAAGACCGCCGUUCCCCCAAAAGAAGCAAACCCUUUGGAGGCUGACUUGUCCUCUGCUGUGUCUGGUCCCGAGGGAUCCACUGUGCGCAGAUCCACACGCAACAGAAGAGUGAGGCCCACGGAGCCCAUUCCCAUCCACUUGGAUCAGGGUGAAACUACUAAAGCUUCUGUUUCUUCUGGGUCCAGCGGGACCUUAAGAAGCAGAGACGAGGCGAGACCUGCGGAUGAGAACCAGCCAUAUGACUCUGAGGGCUGCACGUCUGGCCCUAGCAUGAGCCCCUGGAGACUCACUCGCAGUAAAGCUUACGUUUGUGAUUCUGAUUUGGAAUCAGUAGUAACUGGCUACAGUUCCGUUGAUAGCCCGUGCUCUCUUAGGAGGAAGGGCACCCCCUACAGUAGCCGAAAUGGCUCAGCUAGCAGCAGAACAAGAAGCAAAAUGAGAGUCCCGGAUGAUGUGCUUGAUGCGCCUCCCGUGGCCUCUGAGCAUGUAGACAUGGAGAGUAAGAAGAGUGAGGGAGACGAGACUGACACCCCUGUGGAUGUGCCCUUCCACCCUGCAAGUCUAGCUGUGUCUGACGGGGAGGAUGUCGAGGACACUGAGGAUGAAGAAGCCAAUAAAGCUGUUAGUGCUAAUCAGGAACACUUGAUUUCUGAGGACACUAAAGGGCAUAAUGCUGAAAGGUUUGACAGAGGGGAUACUGUUGGUAGCAGUGCAGGGGCAGAGGUGGGUGCAUCUGAGAGCAGGCAAGAGACCGAGUGUGUGGAGGAGAACCACAGCACCGAAAGACAAGAAAAGAAUGAGAAUGAUGGAGUCACAGAGGAUUGUGAGAAGUUUGCAGGAACCCAGCCUCAAUUGCAAAGUUCUCAGUCAGCUGAAAUUCUGAAGGUGUUAAAUGAACCAGUAGAGAAAAUGGAGAUGGCAGAGGACAAAAUGGAGUUGUUGGCGCAGGAUAUUGCUAGUAGAGUAGACCAAGACCUUUCAGAACUAGCUGAGAACAGUGAGAGGAAUAGUGAAGAGGUUGCAGAGGUCCUAGGUGAACUUGUGGCUCAGAAGACCCAUGCUGAUCAUACAGUAAUACACAGUGACACAUCAGGUCAAAAGCUUGAAAAUGAAGAACAAGAAACGGAGGUAGAACAGCACAUGGGCAUGGACAGCUCAGCAGAUGCCGUCAGUCACAAGUCUGAAGACCGGACUAACGAUGAAGAUCCGGGCCCAGCACAGACUGCGGCAGAAGAACCCUCUUGUAGCUCAGAUACUCAAAAUCUCAAGACAGCACCCGUGAAGGGAAGGCCCAGUUUGUUAGACAGCAGCGAGGAUGAGAGUGAUGAGGAGGAUGCUGGACACUAUGACAGUGAGGCUGAAGAGGUGUGCUUUGACAAGAAUCAGCCAGGCACAUCGGGGGAAGCAGACCCACCACACAAUAACGGGCUGUUUGUUAUCGACACACACCCUGGGUUUCAACCUUGUGAGAAGUACUACCUUGAGGGCACACCCCACAAAGAGGAUGACCAUACUGAUCUUAAAGCUCAUGAUGAAGAGGAGUUUGUUGAUGACGAGGGAGAUGAUGAUGAUGAUGAGGAUGACGAAGACUCACAAGCACUCUUCACUACCAGAAAGCCAGCAGUUACAGAGUUGUCCAGUUCCAUUGAUCCAGGUCUGAAAGUGAAGCAGCUUGGUGGAUUAUACAUCAGUUUUGAUGGUAGCAAAUCAAAGUCUGUCUCUAAUAACUUAAAAAAGCUGAAGGACCAGAAGAAUCAGGAACAGUUGUUGAAGAAGAGUGUCAUUGUUGCUGACUUUGAAAAGAAGGAUACUGUACCACCAUACAAGGAAUCGAAACGCGCAGCUAAACUGAAGCGCAAGGAGGAGAAGGCUAAGACCACAGGGGAGGGCUGGUUCAAUAUGCAAGCCCCCGAAUUAACAGAGGAACUGAGGAAUGACCUCAAGGCACUACAGAUGCGCUCAGCGAUGGACCCCAAGCGCUUUUACAAGAAGAACGACAGAGAGGGACUCCCCAAAUACUUCCAGGUUGGCACGGUGGUUGAUAGCCCAGCAGACUUCUAUCAUUCCAGAAUCCCGAAGAAGCAGCGGAAGAGAACCAUCAUGGAAGAAUUGCUGGCUGAUGCAGAGUUCAGAAGCUAUAACAAGAAGAAAUACCAGGAGAUCAUGGUAGAGAAAGCAGCAGAGGCCGCUGGAAGGAUGAACAGGAAGAAGCAUAAAGUUAAUAAAAAGAAAUGAUAAGAUUUUGUUCCACCAGUGUGGGAGGAAGCCAGAGAAUGACAGAAGAGCUCUCAUUUUGUAAGACCAGAUCUCACUGCCUGCAUCAACAAUAAAUCAUACAAUCCUCUCA